GUCAGUGGCCAACAGAACACAGUCCUUUGUGAUAACUAGAUACAUUUUUUUAUUUAAGACUUAUACAGGAUUGGACUUCAUUGUUGUGUAAGGCUUCAAAGUAUCGCGAGAGUGACUCCAAAGCUUACCGAGAGGUCUGCUCUCGCGGUACUCUGAUGUCAUACUGCUUUGGUCUGCGGUGCACGGCAGUUUUGUGGUGACACGUUUUGCGUGAUAUAGUAUUAUUAAGAAGUUUUGGAUUUAACUGUUUUCAGAGAAUAAAGAAAAUCAUACAGGUUUAGACUAACACAAGGGAAAAAUGGGAGAAGUUUCAGCAGACAGCAUCACUGCAGAGAUGCUCAGAGAGGCACAUGAAACUGUCAGACGAAGUCCGUUAAAGGUCAUCCACACUCCAAUGAUCCCGUGGUCCCAAACCACACUGCCACUCAACACAUCUGGUGACAUUCACAUCAAACUGGAGAACAUGCAAAGGACCGGUUCAUUUAAGAUAAGAGGUGUUGCAAACCAGUUUGCACGGAGACUCGAAGGGGGCAAUUUUGUAACCAUGUCUGCUGGGAAUUAUGGAAAGUCAUUUGCUUAUGCCUGUAAGCAUUAUAGAUCAAAAGGCAAAGUUGUAAUGCCCGAAACCGCCCCCAUCUCAAGAUCUGCACUUAUACAAAGUUUAGGAGUCGAGGUUGAAAGAGUGCCAACUCCACGUCUCAUGGAUGUUGUUAACCGAUGCGUUCAAGAGGACAACAUGACUUUCAUGCAUUCAUAUGAUGACCCUGAUCUUAUAGCAGGCCAUGCCAGCUUGGGUUUUGAGAUUUUAGAGGUUAUAGCACAUCCAGAUGUAGUUGUUGUUUGUUGUGGUGGAGGUGGGCUACUUGCCGGUGUGGCAGCUGCCAUUAAACUCUCUGGAUGUGAGAAUACAAGGAUCUAUGGAGUGGAACCAGAAGGAGCAUGUACAAUGUACAAGAGCUUCACUGAGAAAAAGCCUGUUGGUAUGGAUGCCAAAAGUAUUGCUUCAGGGCUAGCACCACCAUUCGCAGGUGUGUUGCCAUACAAGUUGUGUCAGAGAUACGUGGAAGAUAUUGUUCUGGUGACCGAUGAGGAGAUCAAAUCUGCUGUUUCUACACUGUAUAAGGCCGGCCUCGUUGUUGAACCAUCAGGCACUGCAGCGUUUGCUGCCGUAAUAAAUAACAGAAUACCAGACAUCUAUGACAAGAAUGUCGUGGUCAUCCUCAGUGGAGGAAACAUCGGAAAAGAUGAACUUAGCAACUUUCCAGAUUAAGUUAGUUUACUCAAACUUGAGUCUGCACCUCACACAAAGCUAUCGUUUGACCUAUAAAGUCUUACAGGCGGGGUGCAUGAUCUCUGGAAGACAAUG